AUGAUGGGUGCUACUGGUUUCAAAGGGGCCAGUAUGGCCACUGCCAUUGCUCGGCAAAGGCUCACUGCUUUCCCUCGGUCUUCUCGAUUAAUGUCUACUUUCCGUACCCAGCGCGUGCGCCUGCCCGGAACGUCGGCUCAAUUGAUUCCAGGGUUCUCCGGUAAUGCGUCCCGAUGGGCAACACCGGCGAUCGCUGGCCCGGCCGCUAUCCGAUUCAACUCUUCCCUCUCCGAUCCCGCCGCGCCGGGCCAAUUAACCGCUAUCGACGACCUCUCUUCGAUCGAUAUUGCGAGCCUCCCCGAGCAAAUUGGAUACCUGAAGACUCUUGGAUUGGAUUAUGGUUGGGGAAUCACAUCGAUCAUGCAGUGGUCCCUUGAACACAUUCACAUGUACACCGGCCUGCCCUGGUGGGCCAGUAUCGUCGGCUUGGGUCUUAUGGUUCGUUUGGCGCUCUUGAAGCCGAUGCUUGAUGCCUCCCAUAAUGGAGCUAAGCUCAACAACCUCAAGUCCGUGACGAACCCAGUUCGGCAAAAAAUGAUGAGGGCCGCGCAAGCGGGUGAUAACACAGAAGUCCAGCGGUGCAGAGCUGAGCUCUCGCAGAUAAAUCGCGACAACGGUAUUAAACUAUACAAGAGCUUCGUUCCUAUGCUCCAGAUCCCGCUGGGUUUUGCAAUGUUUCGUAUUAUCCGAGGCAUGACCACUCUCCCCGUGCCGGCCUUGUUAAAUGAGCAUGUUCUCUGGAUGACCGACCUGACUGUGGCCGACCCCUUCUUGAUUCUUCCUGCCAUCAGUUCAUUCUGCUUGUAUCUUACUUUCAAGAAAGGAGGUGAGGUUGGUAUGGCUGAGCUCAUGAAAGGCCCCGCAGGCAAAGGCCUUCUCAUUGGUCUCCCAGUCCUUACCAUGGCUUUCACAGCUUUCAUGCCCAGUGCUCUCCAGCUGUACUUUGCUGCUACAGGUGUCUGGGCUUGUGUUCAAGCCCACAUUGUGAACAACCCCACAUUCCGCCGCAUGGCCCAUAUGGAAACCUUCCAAAACGUUCAGGAAACUAAGGCCGCGGAGGACAGUUUGUCGCAGCUAACUUUGCGUCUUCAACAAGAACAGCAGAAAAGGCUCCGUGAAUUGCAGGCACAAGACGGCGAAGUUGAUGCCUCUAAGAUUAGCGCCAUUGACAGAUGGAUGAAGGGUGGCAAGGAUUAUUUCAAGGCACUCCGCGAGCAAAUCUCCAAGGCCGCGAACACCUCUCGUGGACCGGAUACGAACGCUGAUGGCUCCCCUGCGGCGCCACCACGCCUUACCGAGGCCCAGCGCAAGAGAGCGACAAAGGAAGAGGAGGAACAAGCCGCAUGGGAGGCGGAGGAGCGCGAGCGCCGUAAUGAGGAGCGUCGCUUAGCGCAUAAGCGGGCGCUAGAGAACGAUAGGGAGCGUGCGAAGAGUUCGCUGCGGAGACAUCAGGAGAAGGCACGACGGAACUGA